AUGUCACAUAGAAAAUUUGAACGUCCUAGAUCAGGUUCAUUAGGAUUCUUACCUAAAAAACGUUCUAGAACACAUAGAGCUAAGAUACGUUCAUUUCCUAAAGAUGAUAUUACAAAACCACCACAUUUAACAGCUUUUAUUGGUUAUAAAGCUGGUAUGACACAUGUUGUAACAGAAGUAGAUAGACCUGGUUCAAAAUUACAUAAAAAAGAAAUAGUAGAAGCUGUUACAAUUGUUGAAACACCACCAAUGAUAGUUGUUGGUUUAGUUGGAUAUGUAGAAACACCACGUGGUCUUAAAGUAUUAGGUACGGUUUGGGCUGGACAUUUAUCUGAUGAAUUAAGACGAAGAUUUUAUAAAAAUUGGUAUAAAUCGAAGAAAAAAGCUUUUACUAAAUAUGCUAAAAAAUAUGUCGAAACUAAUGGUAUGGAAUUGGAAUUAAAAAGAUUAAAAAAUUAUUCCACUGUAAUACGUGCAUUAUUACAUACACAACCUUCGAAAACUUCUUUAUCAUUAAGAAAAGCACAUUUAUUAGAAGUACAAAUUAAUGGUGGUACUAUUGAUCAAAAGGUAUCCAUAACGGUGCUUGCUCCAGCAGCUCCAAUCACCUAG